CCUGACAACUCACCCACACGCACCCUAAACACCCUAAACAUCGCCCUAUGUCGCUUAUACGUUGCUUACCAGCGCGUGCUGUAAUACCGGCGCAUUAGGUGCAUACCUAAUGUCUCGGAAUGCCUCCUUCAAAACCUUCUACUCGUUCCGCUGCGUUUACCUUCAGUAGCCGUUGAUCCCUACCUAAAUUACUUCCGAUUCCGUCAAGUCGCAUCCGGUUCCGAGUUGCUUAGAUCGCGAUCAUGUUGCUACGUUCAAUAUUUGAUCCAUCUCACGCCAACUAUCUUUGAGAGAUGUACAAUAUUAAUCUAUACUAGUUAACUACCUAAAGUAAAUUAUAUACGAGUUAACUCCCUUGAAACCACUCACGAUGCCCGUCACUACAUUCGAAUUUGCCGAGAAGUAUCGGUAUCAAAAUGGCUUUAGGUCUUACUUUGAGACUGAGGCUAUCUGGGGUGCUCUACCCAUUGGUCAAAAUUCCCCUCAGAAACCUCCGUAUGGACUAUACGCCGAGAAGCUUUCCGGUACUGCGUUCACGGCCCCACGGCACGAAAAUCAGCAGUCAUGGCUCUAUCGCAUACUACCUUCGUGUGCACAUCCGCCAUUUUCCCCUGCUGCUGACAGUGCUUCAAAGUCUGAUAAGCUGAUUGAUCCCGCAAAGCUUGAAUACAUACCAAAUCAACUGCGAUGGGAUCCUUUCGAUCACGACGACCAGACCGACUUCGUCUCAGGUCUGCGUUUGAUCGCCGGAGCUGGCGAUCCAACACUAAAACAAGGCAUUGGAAUAUACGUCUACGCCGCGGGAAAAUCGAUGGACGAGCGCUCUGCUUUCUACUCAGCGGAUGGUGAUCUUCUGAUAGUCGCUCAGGAUGGAGUUUUAGAUAUCAGAACUGAGCUAGGAUGGCUUCUCGUCCGGCCCAUGGAGAUCUGUGUGAUACCUCGUGGGAUCAGGUAUCAAGUUCAUCUACCAUCCGGUGCAGUCCGUGGAUAUGCACUUGAGCUUUAUCAGGGCCACUUUACGCUGCCAGAACUAGGUCCGAUCGGAUCGAAUUGCCUUGCCAACGCCCGCGACUUCCAGGCUCCCGUUGCUUCAUUUAGCGAGGACUUUGGUACUACCGCUUCCGAAGGCCCCAAUAUAUACGUGAUCACUAGCAAGUUUAAUAACUCGCUCUUCCAAACUAAGCAAGCUCAUACACCAUUUGAUGUAGUUGCUUGGCAUGGAAAUUACUAUCCGUAUAAGUAUGACCUUGGCCGUUUCAAUACUAUUGGAAGUAUCUCGUAUGACCAUCCAGACCCAUCCAUCUUCACAGUGCUCUCGGCUCUUUCAGACCAUCCUGGCACUGCUAUCGCCGAUUUUGUUAUCUUUCCGCCGCGCUGGCUAGUGGCCGAGAACACGUUUAGGCCACCAUGGUACCACCGCAACACGAUGUCUGAGUUUAUGGGCCUCAUUGCCGGCGAGUACGAUGCGAAAAAAGGUGGGAACGGCGGCUUCAUGCCUGGUGGCGCAAGCUUGCACAACGUUAUGAGCGGGCAUGGGCCGGAUGCCAAGAGUUUCGAGGGCGCCUCCAAUGCUGAGCUCAAACCCGCUUUGGUUGGUAAAGGUAGCUGUGCUUUCAUGUUUGAAAGCUGUUUAAUGGUUGGCGUCACCGCAUGGGGUCUUAAAACGUGUAAAAAGGUCCAGGAAGGUUACAACGAAGAGAGCUGGGGUGGCCUACAGGCUCACUGGAAGAAGCCUGAAGGGGUGAGUGCUAACAGUCACUUGCUAUAGUAAGACACCCACGAAUAAAGCCAGUCAGGGCUUCGCGAAAGUCGUGGGUAUAUCUCUUUAUUUUCACACUGCUUUGUCGUAAUGACAUCUUACCGACGUCAAAAUAUUGUUAAUAUAUUAUUCUUUCA